AACUACGGUUAAAGUAAUUUUCACAGUUAGCUUUUGAAUCUCUUCAUUAUUUCUAAUAAUAUAUCUAAUAUAAUAUCUAAUAAUAUAUCUUAUAACAGGAGAUGGCGAGUAAUAUGCUCAACGCUAAAAUUCCACCCAACUGGAUUAAAGUAUGUACCUAUCCCAGUUUGAAACAAUUGUCAAGCUUUGUGGAUGACCUUAUAAAGCGAAUAAACUUCUUGCAAAACUGGUUAGAUUAUGGAAAACCUGCUACGUUUUGGAUAUCAGGGUUCUCGUUCCCGCAUUCUUUUCUUACAGCGAUUGCUCAGAAUUAUGUUAGAAAACACAAGAUAUCAAUUGAUGAAAUUGACUUUGACUUCGAGGUAUGCCAACUUGUUCAUAAACAAACAUAUAAUCAGACAGUAUAAUAUACAUGAUACUUUACAUAAAUACCCACAUAACAAAAUGCCUGCUAAGUGAGUUCACGUUGCAUGCACGUCGCCGCGACGCUCGGCACGUGCGUGAAGGGUCCGCAGGCUCAUCUGCAGCCAACCGAGGACAUUCAAACCAAACGCAUUCCGUCGCUAAAUUACUCUGUUCGCGUGGAGGUGCGUCUUAAGGUCGUUCUACAUUAGUCGCAUCUUAGCGUCGCAAGGGUCGUAGACUAGUUAUAAGUCAACGCUGAUUGGCCGAAUCUAUGAUUUGCGAUCCUUGCGACGCUAAGAUGCGACUAAUGUAGAACGACCUUUACGCAACAGUGAACGCCCCGCGGUGGGCUCGCCAGCCGAGGAAUUUCUUUCUCGCCGAAAACCGGCCAUGGUAAAUAUGCAGAAUAGGUCACACCUCACCGAUUUCCUCGCCACUUAGAUAUG